AUGGACACGUUGUUGCUAAAGUUUAUGAGAGAACAGAAGCUUCAAGUACAACCUCAUCUCCUCUUGAAGCUAUUCAAUCGACCCAGAAAUCGUGGCAUCAAGGUGCGUGUCAGACAUCUCAUUGUUAAGGCUGAACCCAACAUAUACCCUCAAUGGGAUGAUGACAAUGUUGAUGAUGAUCUUCACAACUUGAUUUUAGACAUUUUAAAUGGGCAGCUUGAUGAUAAGCAUUGGAGCUUGAAGACAACUAAUGAACCAGUAGCAAACAAAAAGAAAAGGAAAUUAUCAAAUGAAGAAGAUGAUAGGAAGGAAAAAAGAACAGCAAAGAAGACAACCAUAGUGAAUGAUGGAUUUAGGCAUGAUCUACUAGAAGCAGUGAAGACGUUGACUGCAACGGUUCAAAAUAUGGACACAAUUGUUGCUGAGAAGGUGUUGACUGUAGUAGACACAAAGAUUGACGCAAAAGUAAAUGCAAGAGUUGGUCAAGCCGAGCAGGUACUUGGCAAUCAAAUCUCAAGUUUACAAGAAGACGUUGCCAAAAUUAGAGAGCAGAUGCAAACUACUGCCCCCAAAAAUGAUGCAAACAUUGUAAACCAAGAAGAUGAAGUCAACAGCAAUGACCUGUCAUGGAUGGUCCAAGACAAGACACCAUUUGAUGUUAAUGCGGCAGUACAAUGUGUGGUUAGAAAGAACGCCAAAAAAUCUGAGGUCAAGGUAAUGUCUCCUAUUCUAGUUGACACUGCUGGUGAAAAGAUUGCUGGAAAAAAUCAAGUAAAAAAAACAGCUGGAGAUUUGAAAAAAGUUAAGAAGGAGAAGAAUGUAGCUCCAGAACUUAAAGAUUCUGAUGGAACAUGGUCUGAUUCAGAAGACAAGAAAAAAUAUGGAGACCUAAAUGCCACCUUAAAUCAGUUGAUGGCAUCACUCUUAGAAGAACCUUUGCAAAAACGCAAGCCACAACUGACGAAGACUCAAGUAUAUCCAUAUGUAGGUAACUCAACUGUGAAGAGAAUCAUUACAGGUGAUGAUUCUGUCUAUGAUCCCUUUGCUAAAGUUGAGGAGACAAAAUUUAGAAAGCUAAUGGAUUAUCUGCGAACUCUUGG